AUGGCCGGACUGCGUUGGAUCAAAGCUGCCGAUGCCCCAACGAUGUCAUGUGAUCAUAGCGCAGCGCCUUGUUAUCUCGAUGUGGUUGUGAUGUCGCCAAGUGCACAAUAUACAGUCUUCGAAGACCAGGCUGUCUCUGAUCGAGCUGCCUUUGGUCCAAAGCUGGUCGCCGAGGCUCGGUCAUCAGAUAUAAGGCUGUCUCUGAUCGAGCUGCCUUUGGUCCAAGCGCGAGAAGCGACGACAACAUCGUGCCAUCCCCCAGCUGGUCGCCGAGGCUCGUUCAUCAGAUAUAAGUCUUCGAAGACCAGGCUGUCUCUGAUUGAGCUGCCUUUGGUCCAAGCGCGCGAAGCGAUGACAACAUCGUGCCAUCCCCCAGCUGGUCGCCGAGGCUCGGUCAUCACGUUCCAUCUCAGUUGGUUAUUUUCGAUGGUCCCAGCUUACGCGGGGUUUAGCUGA